GAAAUAAAGGCUUCAGGUUGUGCUGAAUGUUGACAUGAGCACAUCUCAAAGCUGUUGUCCAGUCAUGGUGCCUUUUGAGGAUGUGCUGUUCCAGGUGAGAAAAGCGUUACAGGUCGGCCCGAGCCUUGUGCAUGAAUUCCUCAAAGAGCUGCAUGAAGCAAAAGUCUUCUCCACACAAUACUACCUGUCACUCUUUAAGCAUGGUGAAGCUGGAAAGCAGAGUCUGUGUGAAAUGCUUUUUAACGAUGAAGAGGAUCUGGCCAGGAAACUCUCUUUACCUAUUUGGCAAAAGUGGGACAUCAGUCAAGGCAUACUGGAUUCGGCUUUCAGCAAAGAGGAGGAUUUGGAUCAAUUUACAGAUGUUAUUGAUGCUGAAGCGCAAGAUAUUGUCUCAGAUCCAGCGUUUGAACUCUUGCCUGACAAUGUUAUCUUGGAAUACCUUGAUUCCAUUCUGAGUGGAGCAAUCGAAGACUUAUUGGAUCCCGAUUUCCUUGAAAAAGAUUAUCUCAAUAUUCCAGCUGGCGACACAGACACAACCUGCACACUGAAACCAGCUACUUUUACAGAAAAAAGGCAAAUUUCAAAACGCAAAGGUGAAACAACUUUGAACAAACCUUCGCACCAUAAACGUAACAAGAAAGUGUGUGCAGAAAGUCCCUUGAAUGAAAGGAAGCCCACCAUUAUGUCUGAGGGUAAUUUCCGCUUAAGCUCAAACACAUUUCCGCCUUUAUUACAUGUCCCUUUCACUAGCAUCAGUGCCUUCAACAGUCCCCCUCUUCUGCCCACUAGUGGUGGUCCAGCAUUCCAGAUCAUCUGUCCUCUUACGCCACCUUUAAUAAGCACUGUGGUUCCCACAGGGCCCACAUAUGUGCUUGUGUCACCCCAAUCUGUGAGUCCAAGCGCUCAAAUACUUCCUCUUUCACCUACUAGUGGCACAGUUGCCCCACCAGAACUCACAAUGUCAGUCCUCCCAAUUGGCUCAAUAUCAGACAGUGUGAGCAAGAGUUUGCCAUCGUUACCUGUAGAAACUCUCUCUCCAACAGAAGUUUCAAAUAGACAGCCACUAAAGAACACUGAAUCCUCUCCUUCCAAAACAGAAAGGAAAGUCCGUCCAGAAGCACCAAAAUGCGUGAAGGACUACGUGUGUCAUGCCAAAACCCACAUGAAAAAUACUUGUUGUGUUAUGCGUGGGGGUUUAAGAAUGGAGUCACACUAUGUAGACGUGCAUCUGGUCCAGAGGAAACUCCUAAUUAAAUCAGGCAAGAACGCAAACAAGUGUCUGGAGAAAGAACUGGUCGUGCUCAGUGAUUCAGAGCGAAAGCAAGGAAAAUUGGACAGAAGUCAAUUGUUUCAUAACUCUGCUUCCAGACCAAAACAAUCAGUCGCUCUCCUUGGAAAAGCCGGAGUGGGGAAAACCACAUUCAUCCAGAGGUUAUGUUUGGACUGGGCGAGCGACAGCCUGCCUCAAUUUCAGUUUGUUUUUUUGCUGAACUGUAAGAUUUUAGACCUUACACAAUCGAGCUAUAGCUUGAAAAGUUUACUGUUUGAUUUAUCGAUGUCUCCACCCUGUAAGGACUCUGACGCUGUGUUCAAACACAUCCUCUCCUCUCCUGAUGAAGUUCUCAUUAUUUUCGAUAGCUUUGAUGACAUUAAAGACUUUGAGGGGCUUCUUCAGUCCCCUGCUAAAUCACCCACAGGCACUAAAUACACCAUCAAACAGCUGUUCUCAGGUCUGUUCCAGAAGGAAAUUAUCUCGGGCUGCAAGCUUCUCAUUGCCACCAGACCUAAAGAUGUUCUAAAUCAGGUUUUGCGAAAAAUGGACAGCCUUUUGGAGCUAUGUUGCUUUUCUCCGGAGGACAUAGAGCUUUACACAUCAAAAUAUUUCAGGGACACUUCAGUCCGAGAGAAUGCACUGACAAAAAUUAAGACUCAAAGAUACAUAUACAGUCUAUGCUCCAACCCACUACUUUGCUGGAUUACAUGCUACCUACUAGAGCAUCAAGACGGCUGCUGUGACGCAAUGCCUUCAACCCUCACAGACUUGUACCAAAGAGUGACCUCCAAACAUCUGCAGCUGGCUAACCAGGAGAAUACCAUAUUAGAUAACAAAAACAGGCAGAAUAUCACACAGAUGUGCAAAAUGGCAUGGGAAGGUUUCAAGAACCACAAUACACACGCAAACCUCGUCAGUUCUACAGAGCUGGUGGACUACGGUCUUAAAAGUGGUAUACUUACAUCCUACAAAACAGUGGCACAUCAGGAAAUCCACUUUGCAGACCUUUUCACUCAAAACCUCCUAGGUGCCGUGCACUUGGUACAAUCUAAACAGGUGAAUGAGAAAAUGCUGAUAACCCACAGUGGGGUCCACCAGAAGAAACGGAAGAGUCAGGGAGAGUCUCAGGAUGUGAUGCAGAGGUUUGUCACAGGCCUGCUCCUCCAGAAGACGCCAACUGAUGGAAUUAGCAUUCUGGAGAGCAACAUGGACCUACAGGCCAAAAUGAAGGCUGUAGAAACUCAUCUGGAGAACCUGAAGCCAAAUGAAUUGGUUCCUGCCAGGUUACUCGAACUGUUUCAUUGUGUUUAUGAAACCAAUAGUGAGAAAUUUGCCAAACUGCUGUUGAAAAACCUGCCUGACAAUCUGUCGUUCUGUGGGGUGCAGCUUUGCCCAUCUGAUGUGUACGUCAUAUGCCAUCUUCUUCAACAUGCCAAAGCAUUAAAGAGGUCCUUCUCCAUUAACUUGCAAGAUACCUGCAUUCUCAUCAGUGGACUUAAAGAGCUUGUGGGACUCCAAUGUAUCAAAUCAUUCUGGGCACACACAGCAGACACCAUUGGCUUAUGGGUGGACUUGCAUCAAAGCGACGAUGAACUGAAUUUGAAAAGUGCCAUUGAGAAAUUCACCUUAAACCCAUUCAAGGCAACACAAGGGUAUCACAUAGAGAACCUGCCUCUCCUAGUCCAGAUUCACAGAGAGAAGAAGUUACCAAUGAGUGAAUUUGUUUCUGUGCUGGAUGAAGGUGUACCAGCCCUCAUGCAGCUACAAAGACUGGAAUUUGAGCUUGGAGUGCAGAAUGGUCCAGAACUUUUUCCAAAACUCAUAGAGGUUUUGCCUUCUCUGCAGUCUCUUGAGCAUCUGGACCUUGAGAAAAACAAAGUAGGAGACUCUGGAGCUGAGAAGUUAGCUGGCGUUUUGCACUUUUUGGCAUCUCUGAGAUUGUUAAAUUUGUCUCAGAAUUGCAUUGGAGAUGCUGGAGUGGAGAAACUGUCUCAAGCUCUGGUGUCAGUCCGUUCUUUACAGAGUCUCAGUCUAUAUGGAAAUCUGAUUGAUGACACUGGAGCUGAACAUCUGGCCACAGUUUUACCAGACAUGAAACUCUUACAGGACCUGGACAUUAAGUUUAACAAGUUCACAGACAUUGGAGCUAAAAAGCUCAGCGCUGCUCUGAAAAAAUGCACUGGAAUGAAGUCUUUAGAGCUAUGGAAUGACUUCAUUCCUUAUGGAGUUUUUGAACACCUUCAUCAUCAAGACCCACGGAUAAGAUCUCUGUGAUUUACUAUUUCAAAUUGCUACAUAUUGGACACUGUUACAAGCAUUGCUUUUUUUGCAUACCAAAAAAUACUGUAUACCUCUAUACUGUAGAUCACCAUAAGAUUCAAUAUAUCAUCAUUAUUCAUCAAUGAAGACACUAAACUCUUUUAUUCACUUCAAGCUGUUUCAUUUUCUCAUAUCUUUCAGAAAUCAUCACUGUUGAUGUGACUGAAAUGUGUGUAUUAUGGCUGCUUUGCACUUUCUGAGCUAACUAAA